GACAGUUUGAAACUUUUUGUGGUUUCCGGACGGGAUGCAUGAAGAUAUAUUCACCGAUGAUGUUUGCGGGCAGCAAUCCGACUGGUAAAUGGAAGAACUGUUUUUCAGAUCUUUAAGGAAUAUAAUCGAAAAACUGUAUCAGUUGCAGCAUGAAAAGGAUAGUCUGAAGGAAGAAAACAUGAAGCUUCAAGGACAGCUAGAUUCAGCGGAAGAAACAAUCAAAGAUUGCUACAGCCGCCUAAUUACUCUAACUAACGAAGUUAAUAGUUUUUCCGAGGCAGUAAUGGAGCGUAACAACCUGCUGGAACAAUUGGAUGAGAGUCAUUCCCAAUAUGUAGCAUUGAAGGAGUUGCAUGAAAAACAGAUUCAUCACUCUCAUCUUUGCGAAACCGAGCUGCAGCGGGCACGAGAAAACAACCUUGGAUUAUUAGAAAAGAUAACUGCGCUAGAAAAAACGCUACUGGACAAAUCCUCUCAGUUGUCAGAGCUCGUUGAUGUGAUACAUGAUUAUGAGAAUGUGCUUGAUCAAAGGCAAAAUGUUAUCCAAACGAGGGAUAAUGAGAUCACUAAGAUCAUUCAACAAAAUACAUCGAACACUAAUCCAGGAGAUAAUGCUCACAACCUUUUGAAAGGAGCAUGCAUAGAAAAUGGUGUUCCAAACCCACUCCCUCUGAACAAUACCAACUUAUCUCAGUCGACUCCUCUGAUACGCAUUCAUAGUCCGGCAAUACUAGUCCAACAAAAGAGUCUGGCAGACGAAAUCUCUGAAGUAGAUUCGCAAGCAAGCAACACAUCUGGCGGGCCGAAGACAAAACAAACAACUGAACUUCAUGAAGUUGAAGUACAAACUGAACAGGGCGAGAAAUCCCCACCAGAAGAGGUCCAAAACAAAUGCACGGACUUUAACUCUUUGUUGCAAGAUGUGCUAAAAGCUUUACACUACAUUACGUUGGAAACCACACGCAGAGAAAUCGCUUCUGAUGCUUUGCCAAUCUCUGAAGUCGGUGGCCUCAGUGUCUUGAAACGAUCCAAGCUGAAGUCUACCGGAUUUCGUUUCACUAAGAGCUUUACUUUGCAACCUUCCACCGUAUGGCUAUGUCAACAAAUCAACACUCAAUUGGAAACUAUAAUCUCAAGCUUAUCCAGAAACCGCAAAUCAACACAGAAAUAUCCAGCCUCUGAAGACGAAAACUACAAGCGCCGUACUCUAGUGUCCCAGAGUGCAUCACGAUGGGUCUCGGAGCCAACAUUGUACUUCGUAAAGCAGCCCGAUGACGUCAAAAUCGGUGCAGUUGAAUUCUUCUCGGUCGCUGGAUUGGGGAACAGUAGGGGUGAUAUCCCAGACAGCGCGCUAUCUACUACAACUGAUUUGAAACAGGCGAUCCCAAGCUUGAUAGCUAAAAAAAUUCCCUAUUGGAGAACAAGUGAAACGAUGUCGUCAGAAAAGUUGAUUUGUGCUCUGGAGAUGGAAAUGCAGGAAUUCAAACUGGCUCACAGAGGAACAAAAUCCGAAAAUUCUUUGCAGGAGUUUAUUAUGAAACGAGAAAUAAAUCAACUUCAGAAUAUGAUGCUGCAACUUGGAUUAUUUAUGGAGAACCUUAAUCAUUUUGUCCACCUGGGCCAGGCGGACGAAAGGAAUUCACGAACCAGCAACAGCAGAAAAACUAAUGAUAUGCAACUGGCUUCCGACGAAUGGAAAUUAAUCGUCUCUCACUUAGAAAAUCUAUUCACCCGGAUACUGGAUCAUAUUGAUUUGAUUGAGUCACAUUCUACUGUAUGCAAUAUCCAGCCAGAUCAAGCGGGUGAUCAAGUAUGUCUAUCGACAAGAAACGCGCUCCAACUCUUUGACUCCAUUUUGCGAAGCCCACGAAGUGUGAUGACGCAAACUGACGAAAAAAUUGUGCAGCUACUUUCCAGAAUGUCAGAGGGGACUUCUACCUGUUCGGUUGUACAGAAUAACGGUGAUCGUCCCGAACUGGUCACACCAAAUAACCCCUAUUCAAUUCCAGUUCCACUUAAGUCUGGAACAUUGUUGAGAAUGCAAGUUAACUCUUCAUGGAUAUCCUAUAUCCGGGACGUUUUCCAAAGGAGAACAUUCGGUGAGGUAAUCCUCGUGGUAAAUAAGUGCCGUGAAAAUGUUAUCAAACAGGUUGGCGACAGAGAACGUAUAUUGAAGGUCCUGGGACGUUUAUCCAAAACAGUUCUGCAACUGAUUUUCAGCCUCGUCGCAAACAGCUGCCAUGACAGGAACAAUUGUGUAACUUCACUUCGAUGCAAACUCACUAUGCUUGCACUUACUGGAUUCACCGUUGGACUUUUAGUUUCUGAAUAUUCAGGUGGUCGAAAAUCGAUUUUUACGUUAUGGCCAGGUAGCAUCCAGGAAGUGGAACGUACUGAUUUCGACAAGUCACAUUCUGUCAGCCUGUUGUUCGAUCCAGUUGGCUGGCUAUACUCAAAGUUUUUGGCUUCGGGUAUCAAAACCAGGCAGAUCCUCGCUUUCACUUUCGCCCAUACUUUCUAA